AUGUCGGGACCGCCGACCAACCAAGGGGAAACCCCCUACCCGCAGUUUGGCGGAAGCCAACAAAACCAGCAACAACAGUGGUAUGACCUGCCACAGCCAUAUCAGCCAGCACCAUAUCACCCACCAGGUAGCUUCCAGCAACCUCACCAUCAACAACAUCAACAGUAUCAACAACAGCAACAAGGCAGCCACACAGCUAAGAAAAAUCCCAAGAACAAGAAAAGAAAGCCCUGCCUAAAUUGUGGGGAGACCAGCCACCCUCUCAAGCGCUGCGACCGACCACCAAAGGAUGGGAAACCAUACCUCCAAGGAUGUGGAAACUGUGAAGGCAGCCACAUAACAGAUAACUGCCCAAAGCCAUGGCCGCCAAAAGGAAGCUCUGAGCAUCACGUCAUGGUGGAAUGUCGAGACGGACUCUAUCAAUUUGAAUCCCUCAUCGAUAUCCGAACACAACCUGGCUUCUGGGAGAAUGAGCAUAGGCCUGACACAGAAGAGCGUACGAAAGAGAAGAUAGAGCAAGGAUUUUACAACAGGAACAUCGGCAAAAAGUUGCCUACCGAAGAAGACAAACAUCGAGAAAGAGACCCAGCAUGGAGCGACCCAGCGGCACUAGCAACAAAGUACCCAAUUGGCUCAAUGGUUCCAGAAUUCACAAGGUCGUUCCAAAGAUUUGAUGAAUCAGCGGCCAGAUCACGCCGUUACAAAGCCAAUGAUUCCACUGCCUCAGCGUCGCAACCAACAGCCAACAGCCUGGAGCCAAAUCUUUACCAGCCGCCAGUUCCCUUAGUGCAAGCACCACACCAGCACCAGCAACAGGUCCAAAGUCAAGAUUCGCAAGCGUUGCUAGAUGUGCUUGCAAAAGCCAUUGAUCUUGUGGGCAAUGAAAAGGCCAGAUUGAUGGAAAUAAUGGCUGAAGCCAUCGCAAGGGGGUUCACUAGCCACAAGAGACCUCGCCCAGCUCCAGCCAAUGCAGACACGCGGCAGAGAGGCGUGAAAAAGCAAAAGCAGGAGCAAUCAGAGCAUGUUCGGUUGGACAAGUGGAAUGACAGCCACAGCCAGUUCAAAUACGGUGCAAUCAAUGAUGCCAGAGAAGAUAGAAUCCAAGUUAAACCAGAAACCUCGACCGUUGUGAAACGCGAGGAAAACCACAGCAUACCAUUUGCCAGCGACGACGUCAAAGUGAAGAUUGAAAGCAUCGAGGAUGAUAUUGGUUGUUCCUUUGGAUCAAGUGAACGAAUGAAACGAGUUGAAAGCAGACGAGCAGCGCUUGAGCGGAGAACGGUCGAUCGAUCAGCACCACACUCUUCGUCCUCGGAAGGAACAGCUCUCAACACCGUACCUCUUCCCUCCAUCAUCAAGACAGAGAGCGUGCGCUCAGAUAUGGGUGGUAACGGGCAAAAAGGACGGGAGCAAGAAAAGGGAAAUAGCGGAGGAAAACACGUCCGUGGAUACCAGAAUGAGAGGUGGGAUCGUGGUGGUCGUUGA